CAGCGAGUCGUUGACUCUGAUUGGAUGUAGAGUGUAUACGUCAUCAAUAAACGUUCGGCAGGACGACUCGUUUUGAUGACGAAUGUUUUGUUUUAGAAAUGGAGGACCGAGAAGCGCUGAAGAGGCAGAUAGAAUUGUUACAAAAUCUCAUAAACACCCACAGGAGCGUCCAUGGCGAUGCACCGUCGCACGUUGGGGAGCGGCGCCCCCUAGUGGCUGCGCCCUCCAGAGGCCGGGGCCUCGCGGCUCAGACCUCCGCUUCGUUUCGGGCCCCUCCCCGGCUGUACGGCCCCGCCCCCGCCGGUCACUGGAGAAAAAAGUAUUCCCUUAGCAACAAGAGCCCCGCCUCCACCGCCCCGGCCGCCUCCAAUCACACCGCUCCGUCCGCUCAGGGUUCCCUUAGCAACAAGAGCCCCGCCUCCACCGCCCCAGCCCCCUCCAGUCACGCCGCUCCAUCCUCUCUGGGAUCCCUUAGCAACAAGAGCCCCGCCUCCACCGCCCUGGCCCCCUCCAAUCGCACCGCUCCAUCUGCUCAGGGUUCCCUUAGCAACAAGAGCCCCGCCUCCACUGCCCCGGCCCCCUCCAGUCACGCCGCUCCAUCCUCUCUGGGAUCCCUUAGCAACAAGAGCCCCGCCUCCACCGCCCCGGCCGCCUCCAAUCACGCCGCUCCAUCCGCUCAGGGUUCCCGUGGCAACAAGAGCCCCGCCUCCACCGCCCCAGCCCCCUCCAAUCACGCCGCUCCAUCCGCUCAGGGUUCCCGUGGCAACAAGAGCCCCGCCUCCACCGCCCCAGCCCCCUCCAAUCACACCGCUCCAUCCUCUCUGGGUUCCCUUAGCAACAGGAGCCCCGCCUCCACGGCUCCCCCCUCCCUGGGGCACCUGCCCCGGGCCAACUGCGGUGCGGUGGGUGCCGGGUCCCGGCCCGGCUCCUCUCCUGGCCUCGGCACGAGGCGGGCGGAGCGGGGGGGAGAGGGGGCCGCUGCGUGCCCGGGCCCUGCGGGCGGUGUGGGGGCGGACGGAGGACUGGCGGCCACGGCGGGAGGGCCUGCUAGCGCGCCGCGGAAACGCGGGCUGGGGGCCACGGGGGAUCAGGAGGGGGGCGGGGCCUCAGCUCUCGGCCCUCGGAGGAAGGGCCCGGGGCCCCCGGUGGAAGCAGGCUCCGCCCUGCAGCUCAAACCCCGCCUCCAGGGGAGGGUUCACUCCGCCCCCAAGCUGGCAGCCACCCCGGCGGUCCCCCGCAGCACCCCUCUUCCUCCUCCUCCUCCUCCUCCUCCUCCAUCUGCCCACUCCAGCGCCCUCCCCAGGACUGUGGUGAUCCCUGGGUCCAAAGGGGGCGUGGCCAAACAGCGGCUCCUCCCCUCUCGGGCCAAGUCCCAGUUCACCUGGGUGAAGGGCAGCCAGGGGCUUGCCCCAAACUCCGCCCCCUCCCCUGGGGGUGCCUGUGCCAUGCCCCUGCCCACCCCAGCCAGGAGGACUCUCCGCAGGCCAGGCAGUGUUGCCAAGACAACCAAGUACACCUGGGUCUCCUCCUCCUCUUUAUCCUCCAUGCGGUUGUCCAGGAAACCCCUCUCCCCUAAGGCCCUGGACACGCCCCAGAGGGCUGCUCUUGGAGGCGGGGCCAGGAAGCUGAAAUCUGCCGCCUCUCAUGCAGCCAAACAUAAGAAGGGGGCGGGGCAGGGGGCGGGGCCAGCGGGCUCCUCCCAGGCCCACAGCAGUCGGUACCGCUGGAAGGCGAUUGCGCAGAACCGAACGGGCGUGGCCAGGGGUGGGUCCGUCUACCGCUGGACCUCGGAGAAGGAGAACGGGCCCGAGGGGGUGGGUGGUCCGGGCCCCCCCUCUUCCGAAGCCGAACGCACCCCCGCCUCCGUGGCAACCGCCCCAUCUGCCCCCUCCCCCGGUGGCUUCAAGCUGAGGAGUAGGAUGAAGAUCAUCAGGAGGAGGAGCUUCAGCAGUGCUGCCGCUGGGGGAGCAGACUGCAGGAGCGGUGCAGAGUACAGGAGCGGUGCAGGCGUGCUGACGGUGACCAGUCGCUACGCGCUUCGGCGUCGAGCGUCCGCCGCGGGUGGGCGGGGCUUAGGCUGCGGCAGGAGGGCGCCGGGGCGAGGCCUGGUGUGCUUCGGCAGGCACAAGCUGCGCCGCCUCGGCCCCGCCCCCGGCCCUGCCCCCGCCCCCGCCGGCUUCAGGACAGGCUCCUCUUCCUCACCGCGCGGUCCCAUGGGACAGAGGGUCAUCAGGACUCGCUACAAAAUCGUCACCCGCAGGACGGGUGCUGGCCCCGCCCACACCGCCGCGUCAAGCCCCGCCCUCACCUGGAGAGCCAAGAAACUGCAGUCUGCCAGGUCCCUCCUGCAGAGCCGGAUGCGACCCGCCCCGGACCGUCUCCCCGCCCCCCAGCCCUGGAGGGGGCGGGGCAUGCGCUGGAUCGGGGGGGCCCUCUACCGCGUCUCCGCCAACAAGCUGUGCCGGACCACCUCCACCGGCAGCACGGGCCCCGCCCCAUCGCCCCGGCAACGAGCAGGAAAGUGGUGCGGCGCCCCGGACGGCGUGGGGCGGGCGGUGUGCGGGUGGGACCCGGGCCGGGCGGUGCAGCGCAGUCUGGCCAUCGUUCGGCAGGCCAGGCAGAAGAAGCUGCAGGUCCGGCAGUACUGCAUGUACUACAACCGCUUCGGCAAGUGUAACCACGGCAACGCCUGCCCCUACAUCCACGACCCUGACAAGGUGGCCGUCUGCACCAGGUUCCUCAGAGGCACCUGCAAGCAGACGGACGGCUCCUGCCCUUUCUCACACAAGCUGUCCAAGGAGAAGAUGCCGGUGUGCUCCUACUUCCUGAGGGGGAUCUGCAGCAGCAGCAGCUGCCCCUACAGCCACGUCUACGUGUCCCGCUCCGCUGCCGUCUGCCAGGACUUCCUCCGCGGCUACUGCCCCAGGGGCGAGAAGUGUAAGCAGAAGCACACCCUGCUGUGUCCAGAUUUCUCCAGUACGGGGUCCUGCCCCCGCGGCUCCAAGUGUAAACUGCAGCACCGCCAGCGACUCAAACGCGCCAAAUCCAGCCAGCCGCCGGCCCCGCCCAAACGCGCCCGCACCGAGGGGGCCCCGCCCAGGCUGGAGGGGGCGGAGCCUGCGGCUGAAGAGCCGGCCUCCUCGGGCCCCGAGAAGCUGCCGUCCUUCAUCUCCCUGCCCAGCUCCCCGGAACCGGCCGAGGAAGAGGAGGAGGCGGACACGCCCACUGCUCCGGGGUCAGAGGUCACAGAGAAGAAGCUCCUCAUCAAGCCGCGCUUCUGAGAACACCCCCCCCGCAGCGCUGGAGCCGCGGGACGUCCUGCUGCGCCGGGGGGUGGGGGGUCCGGCCCGAACGCCUCCGGAACCGCCAACGCAGCGGAUUGCACCUCUGUGUUCUGUUUCACAUGACGUCCUAUCAGAACCACACCUAGGUCCAUUUCAGCAGUCGCCUGUCACACACACACACACACACACACACACACACUCACACACUCACACACACACACACACUCACACACACUCACACACACACAAUACACACACACACACACACUCACAC